AUGGCCUUGCGCUCAGUUUUACUCCCAGGAAAGCCUCAGCCAAGUUUACAGGCUGUUCACACGGUGGAAUGGGGGCGGAAAAGGAUAAUUGUUUGUCUUCCCUUUUUCGGCUUUCCCUACAGCCCCGGAGCAUCUACACCUCCGGAGUGGCUGACAAUGUUGAUGGGGGAGAUAGGCAUACGUUUCCGGAUGUGCAUUGGUAUUACUCAGUAGUGUGAACCGGCUUAUACAAACAAUUUAUCACGAUGCGGAGGUGUUUGGAGUAGUUGUCGAUGAGAUUUCGGGGAAGAUUGCUACGGUUGCGAAGGGGAGGGUGUUCGUCUAUGCGCCGACGGGGGGCGAGGAGCGGUUCUUAAAGGCUUGUAUCCUAUGGGCCCUCCGCGGAUAAUCCCCACUGACCGAGGGGAAUAGUGGGCUCUGCAAAGCCGAAUAGAGAUAGGGGGAAACACUAGACCAUCAACUGUGUCCUGGGGCGGGGGGGAAGAGCUACUAGUCGGCAACACCAGCCUUACACUCUGGAGCACACUACACACACCCCCGAAAAAAAUAUGGGAAAAGCCCCUCGCUAACGCGGUGCACAUCGGGGAAUUCAGCUACGACGCCUCGCUCAUCGCCUCAGUCGGGGAAUCGGACCGCCUUGUGAAGAUAUGGAGACGCCUAUCAAUCGGCACCGAAGACGUCCAGUUUGACUUCACCUACCUCCCCCACCCACGCGCCGUUACGGGGAUUCACUGGCGAAGGCCGUUCAGUCGGGAGCAGUCGGCCGAUAACGUUCUUUACACAAUCGCCGUGGACGGGGUCCUACGAGUCUGGGCGCCGGUUUAUCCACAUGAUUUACACCUUCUUCAGUUAUGGGCUAUCAUUGAUCUCCGAGAAUCCAUCCCAGAUAGCCUGGGUGGUGAGAAGACCACGGCAAGGAGGUCUGAUAAUCGAUAUGUAAUGUUUGUGGAUGGGUGCGUGUUUACGCAUGCGGCUGAAAGCGCGGUUUGUUCCGUGAACGAGGGCGAGAGGGGACAGGAAGUCUUCCAGAGACUUGUCGAGGUUGCGAAGCGGAGUCCGGAGAUUUGUGUGGUUUUUGACGGACGGGGGAGAAUGAGCGCUUGGGGACUGGAGAAUGUGGGGUGCAGGACUCGAAAGACCACUAAUGUCUUUAGCGUCAUGCAUGCCGAGAAUUCUGGGAUGGAGUUUGUGGCUAAGGGAGAGCAGGAGGUCUUUGUACAGUUUCAUAGCUUUUCAGGGGGCGCAGGUUCGUCUCCUAUACUCUUCUCGUAGGGGUACCAUGAGGAGCAAUGGCUGACGAGUGGCAGGGCUGAUGGUUUUGGCGCAUGCCUUCGACGGAAGGGUAUUCUGGUAUGAAGCUAGACUAGACCGAUUCUUAGAUCCUUCGCCCCGUUCGAGGAGAGCGAGUCUCCUGGGGGUAUUAGCCGGGCAUUCCGGGCCCAUUGAGACGCUCGUACGGACUGCGGAUGGGAAAUCUAUGCUGUCGUCUUCUCACGAAAAUGAGCUUGCGGUCUGGUCGCAGUCGAAGGGGGAUAAUAUUGCACUUUCAAAGCAGAGUUCUAUAUCACCUGCGAAUCGUGUGCAUAGAGCUGUAAUUCUUGAUAAUGGUAUGUUGCUUUAAUCAAGCUCGGGUGGUCAGUUGCUGAUGGUUCUCAGGAAACUACGUGAUGACUUUACAUGAUGGCCAUGUGGUAUUAUGGGACUCGACCCAAUCCGUAGCAAAAGAACUUGAACGACUGGAUUUCAAAGUUGCCGGGAAGAUGCUUUGUUUAUUAUUAUUACCGGAAGCACAGGAUGGGCUAAAACAGUACCACGUUGUUGCAUUGAGCUCGGAAAUGAAGGGGAUCGCAUGGGGCAUCUCGCUACCCCAGAGGCCCAGCGAGCUGACGGAUGGAACCACUGGUACCCGGCCAACAGUUCAUGAGUUUGCUGCGUUCGCGCUGGAUAUGAAGGAGGAUCUACUAAUGAUCUUGCCCGUUGACCCCGUGGGCUGGAAUGCGACGAUAUCAGGCACCUUAGACACCUUCUCUCGAGAAGUGGCGGUAACAGUGGACAAGUCAGGUCUCUUGCAAUCUUGGACUGCAAAAGUGUCUCCAGACGAGUCGGGCCUUCGUUGGCUGGCGACUUCUGUGGUCGACACUAGUAUCGAAAACCCCUCUUUAGUGAAGGGGAGUUCAAUACGAAAGAUAGCACUCGCCAACUCCGGGCGCAGUGAAUUGACGAUCUGGGAUUCGAGGGCUGCGCAAUUAGAAUACCAACAGCGCUUUGAAAGCCAGGAUGUAAUACAAGACUUGGAUUGGACAUCUACUCCAGAUUCGCAGUCGAUAUUAGCUGUCGGAUUCCCGCAUCGAGUACUAUUGAUGUGCCAGCUCCGAUACGAUUAUUUGAGCGCUGGGCCAGCAUGGGCUUCUUUCCGGCAGAUCAAUAUUCAGGAUAUCACCCCCCACCCAAUCGGUGAUUCUUUAUGGCUGAGUAACGGUAGCCUGGUCAUUGGCGCCGGAAACCAACUUUUUGUCUAUUCACGGAAGGUUGAAGAGCUGGACGAUCUCUCCAAGCAACUCCAACUAUCUUCGCUCAAAGCACGGUUGGACGAUAUAUUUGAGAUAGUAUCUCACCUUAACGGCCCUGUUCCGGUUUAUCACCCGCAGUUCUUGCAGCAGUGUAUCCUCGCCGGGAAGUCUGGGCUGGUAGAAGAGAUUCUGGUGAGAUUACACAAGGAGUUGAAGAAUUUUCAUGAGGAGAUUCCCUUGGAUAAUUUUCUAGGGAUACCGAUCGAUACAUUUUUAGCUAGGGAAGAGGUGAGAUCGAUCCUGCUCCAGGGGCGCAGGAUCACAGCCGCUGACUUGGUAACAGGACCUGUCGACCGUAAAGAGGGCUAGCAAACUCACCGGCGGCUUCUUCGGCAGCUAUCAGGAAGAAGAGGAAUUGCUCUACUUUGACGAGGCAUUGGCAAAGUCGCUUUGCAGCCUACUGACCAGAAUACCUAUUCCACACCUUAUGGGCACGGAGCAGAUCAACUUGGCAGGCAUCGUAGAAUGUGUAGCACAGGUCAAAGAGCACCGUCGUUCGAUCGAUGAGAACGGCGCCAGAUACCUCCUCUCCUUCCGCCAACAUGGCCUCCGCAGAGAACCCGCAGAUAUGUCCUAUCGCGAAGUUGUCUGGGCCUUCCAUAGCGCUUCGCAAGAAAUCUUAAUCGAUCUAGUGAACAACAACGCCAAAGGAAAAAUGAUGUGGCCGCAAGCCCGUGAGAGUGGGAUAUUCAUGUGGUUACGAGACCCAGAAGCCAUAGUACUCCCCCCCGCCUCUUUCGUCAUCCAAACCCCACAGAAGCGGCUAACAACCCACCUCUAGCACAAACAAUUCGAAAUCAUAGCUCGAAACCACUACACCAGCACCUUCGAGAAAAACCCUAUAGACUGCUCCCUAUACUACCUUUCCCUCAAAAAGAAGAACGUCUUAAUAGGCCUCUGGCGCAUGGCGUCCUGGAAUCGAGAGCAAGUCACCACCCAGCGCUUCCUAGCAAACAACUUCUCGGAUCCGCGGUGGAAAACCGCCGCCAUGAAGAACGCAUACGCACUCAUGGGGAAGCACCGAUUCGGUCCGUUCCCCCCCCCACCCGCCCCCUUCUCCCGCUGAUUUACCACUUCAUCUAACAGCAGGGCAAAUAGAGUACGCUGCGGCGUUCUUCCUACUGGCAGACAGUCUCAAAGAUGCCGUAAACGUUUGCUUCGACCGCAUGAACGACAUGCAACUUGCCAUCGCCGUAGCAAGAGUCUACGAAGGCGACAACGGUCCAGUCCUUCGCGCGCUGCUGGAAGACAGGAUCCUACCUCUCGCUGUGGAAAAGGGUAAUCGUUGGCUGGCGACGUGGGCGUUUUGGAUGCUCAGGAGGAAGGAUAUGGCCGUUCGGUGUUUACUCGUAUGUCUUCCUCUUUACCUUCCUCACAAUACGAGUUUAAAAAAAUAACGAGUGGUAAUGAUAAUAGUCACCUCUGCAAUCCCUAACAACCCAAGGCACCGACUCCCCAUCCACUCCGACUAAAAUUGAAGCAAGACUAUUCCUGGCAGAUGACCCAGCACUAGUAAUCCUGUACCGCCAAAUCCGCGAAAAGACGCUGCAAACCCUCCGCGGUGCGGAAAAGAUUAGUCCAGAGGCGGAAUCCCAAUUUCUAUUACACACCGCCAGACUUUACGAUCGUAUGGGGUGUGAUUUACUCGCUCUAGAUUUAGGUACUAAUCCCCCUCCUCCCCACAAGCCAAGACGAUCAGCAGCUUAAUGACCACCGUAGUGCGCAACUGGGAAUUCCUAAGAGCAAGCAAAGACGCGCACAAGCCGCUUAUUCAAUUCAGUCCACGACAUCACUUCAGAAGGAGGAGCUCCAUAACGGUGGUGGAUGAGCCCCCGCCCGCGGCGAGUAUAAAUUUGGGGAUCACGGGGCUUGGUGGUGGUGGUGGUGCAGGGGGGAUGGUGAAACCUCCCGUGGCGGUGUUUGAAGAGCCGAGUAUGGAUUGGGCUUUUUGAGUUUUCCUCCAUUUCUCUUUUUUUUUUUUUCUUACUCUUUGUAAAAUUAUAAAGGGUUGGCUGGGACGGGAGGGAUAAAUAGGAAUAAAUAAAUAUGGGGUUCUUG